AUGACCAAGAACCAGCCUCCAGCUAUGGUCCGGCCACCGCCAGCCGCCAAGACGGCUGCUGCUAGGAGACCCGUCCCCUGCAACAACGCAGUUCUAUCUCAGCCUACGAUACCUAAACGCCCUGCUGCCCCUACCCAGCGUCCCGUCGGCCUACCUCAACACCCCAAAGUCCAACAAAAACACCCUUCAAGGCCUGCUCAUCCGGCUCCGACCCGUCCUCUCCCAAAUCCUCCUCGCCCGAGCCGGCUCCCUACAGCACAACCAACUAAGAAACCGGUCGGAUACAAGCCUGUCCCUCCUCCAAAAGCCACACCUAGCCCUUCUGUCGUCAAGAAGCAACCUACACCGAACAAAGGCAUGCAAAUGGAUGAUGUCAAACGCAUCCAACAAGCUGCAUAUGCUCAAGGUCAGAAGGCUGGGCGCAAGACCGGUCAAGCUCAGGGCUACCAGGCGGGUGAAAAGCACGGCCGAAAGGUCGGCCAAGAAGCUGGAAACCGCGAAGGCUUCAGCAAAGGGCAGAAGCAGGGUUAUGCACAAGGGCACAAGAAUGGUCAUGCCUCGGGACAAGCACAAGGUUACGCCAAGGGCCAGAACGUGGGCUUCAGCGCUGGACAUAACAAAGGCCAGGCUACAGGGCAACGCCAAGGCUAUGCUCGGGGCCAGAGUCAAGGAUACGGCGCUGGACACGUAAGUGGUCAUGUUGAGGGCCGGAAACAAGGCUUUGCACAAGGCCAGAGCCAAGGCUUCGAUGCCGGACAGAGAAGAGGCCAUGUUUCGGGGCAUAAGCAAGGCUACUAUCAAGGUCAACAUGUCGGCUACUACCAGGGUCAACACGCUGGCUAUUCUCGAGGUGAACAUUUCAGUUAUCACCAUGGAUACCAACAAGGGCGCGAUGAAGAGCAUGACAUCAACAAAAAGGCCAUUGCAGGCGGUGUAGUCGCGGGCGCAAUGCUUGGUGGAACCUUCAUGUAUCUGGGCCACGAGGCACUGGACCCUGAUGGGCUCUCACAGGUCACGGAGGAAACAGAAAGCAUCAGCACUGAGAUGGAAAUGAGCGACGAUGAGUUCGCUCCAGGAGAGCCAGUUGAGGAUGAAGACUGGUAUGAGAGACACAGAGCGGAGUGGGAUGGCGAUGAGGCCUAUGCCCGAUCCCAUGAGGGGUUUUCAGGACAUGGGGAUGAAAACUUCUAUGAGGGUGGAGGCUAUAUUGGUGGGGGAUAUGAGGGGAGUGAUGGGUAUGAUACGAACCAGGAUGUUAGAGACGACAGCCAGGUUCACUUGAGCCAGGAAUAUGAGGCCGAUAGGGGAGGCUUCGCAGGAGAGGGCGAAAGCGAGUUCCGCCUGCUCAUCAACAACCAAUUCAUCAAGUACAUCACAAUAGACAACGGAGUAUUCGACAGCGGAGAUAUGUGCUUUGGACCUUCGUUGAUAUCCCUUCUUCCGCCACUGCCACCUAGGGAUUGGAAUAUGGCCCGCAUCUGCCGCGACCCGACGACUGGAACCGCCCACUUUGUUGAGGUCGAAAGAGCGCGCCUGCCAGGCAUCGAGAAGACAUGGCAUCACAUCAAUAUUGACUAUUUAAACAUUAAAUUGGGGCGGAAACUUCGCUCCAACAUCUACGAAGCCACCUGUCCUGGCUUUAGUUCAACGGUCAUCGCAAAGUUCGCACGGUUUCCGUGGGAAAUUCCCCAGCUAGAGAAGGAAACGGAGGCGUACAAAUGGAUACAGGUUUAUCACAUCGGCCCUCCAUUUCCUGGACAUCUGUCCGAGGAGGGGAGAGUCAUUGGCUUCAUCAUGACCAAUAUCACCGAGUGCCACCAUGCUACGCCGGAUGACUUUGACCUGUGUCACCAGACAUUGACCAGACUACACGAACUGGGAAUUAAGCACGGGGACAUCAGCAAACACAACUUUUUAGUUCAUGCCGGAAAAGCAACCCUCAUCGACUUUGACAGCGCCGUGCCGAGGGCCAGCGCACAGGAGCUCCAAGAUGAGAUUUCCAGCCUGCAGCAACACCUGGAGGAUACGUCUGGGAGAGGUGGACGGGUUAUUGAGCAGAACUCAGCCUAG